AUGCUCAUCUCUGGUCCUCAGCCAGGUAACUCUAGUCGGUACGAAGUCUCGAUGUUAAGUAAUGGGAGGAAAAGAGCGAAGUCAUCACAAGAAGGGUACGAUUCCCGCCGAUUCAGUGCCCAGUUCGAUGACCACUUCUUUCCCUCCGGCGAGCCCGACUCGUCGCUUUUUGCAUCGUUCGACAAGAACCCACAUAUGAUCCAGUUCCCCACCGACGACUCAGCACAGUUUGUAGCUGAUUUUUUGGACGAGGAAAUCGACAAAGCUUUGCAAACACGCAUUGACCCUUGCAUCGAGGCCAAACGCUCGGAAACCCCUUGCGUGAACACCUCCAACAACACUCUGCCCCACACUAGCCCCUUUGAAAGCUAUGUGAAACAAGAAAGUGUGACUUCGGGCGAAAACGAAAACGACAACGAGAAGGUUUUCGAGCCCCAACAAAAAACUGCAUCGACGGUGUGUGUCGAGACUGUGGCUACAUUGAAGAAAUCGAUCGCCAGUAGCAGCAGACUCAUCGGCACGUUCACCGCCCUCAAGACGACAUACCUUAAGCUCUGUAAGGAAUUCAACUUCUUACUAGGGAAGUUCAAUGAGAACGAGAGGAUUAAAAUCGAAUUGAUUCACGAGAAUAAUGAGUUACGGAAGCUUUUAUGGGAGGCCAUCAGGGACAGAGAAAUGGACCGCAAACAGUACAAGACGCAGUUAGCUUCGCUCGAAAAAAAGAAGGCCUGUUUAUAG